AUGGCGGACGCAGCAGCAGCACCAGCCGGUGAUAGCCCAAGGGGUGGGUUCCGUGGUGGCUUUGGAGACAGGGGCCGAGGCCGUGGUCGGGGUAGAGGUCGUGGCCGUGGCAGAGGUCGUGGCCGUGGGGCCAAAGAUGGUGACAAAGAAUGGGUACCUGUAACAAAGCUUGGACGGCUUGUUAAGGAUGGCAAAAUCAAGUCCUUGGAGGAGAUUUAUCUCUUUUCUUUGCCCAUAAAAGAGUGUGACAUUAUUGACUUUUUCCUACCACCUGGAACAUUGAAGGAUGAAGUUCUCAAGAUCAUGCCUGUACAGAAGCAGACUCGUGCUGGUCAGAGAACCAGAUUUAAGGCUUUUGUCGCAGUUGGUGACUACAAUGGCCACGUGGGCUUGGGUGUAAAAUGCUCCAAGGAAGUGGCAACUGCCAUUCGUGGAGCUAUCAUCUUGGCCAAGCUUUCUGUCAUUCCAGUGAGGAGAGGCUACUGGGGCAACAAAAUUGGCAAACCCCAUACAGUGCCCUGUAAGGUGACAGGAAAAUGUGGCAGUGUUUUGGUUCGUCUGAUUCCUGCUCCCAGGGGAACUGGCAUUGUCAGUGCCCCGGUUCCCAAGAAGCUGCUGACCAUGGCUGGAAUUGAGGAUUGCUACACCUCUGCCAGAGGCGCUACCUCCACUCUUGGAAACUUUGCAAAGGCUACCUAUGCUGCCAUAGCAAAGACUUAUUCAUACCUGACUCCUGACCUUUGGAAAGAGACUGUGUUCACCAAGCCUCCAUACCAGGAAUUCACGGACUACCUGAUGAAAAACCACUCUAGAACAGCGGUUCAGCGCCAGGAGCAGAAGGUGUACUAA